UUUUAAACUUUCUGUUUUACGCGUCCCUCUCUCUCGUCACGAAAUCCUUGUGUCGUAGUCUUCAAUCUUCAUUGUCACAGACACUUUUUAGAAAGUGAAAGAGGAAGAAGAAAUUAAUUAACUGAUUGAUUGAAAAAUCCAAAUUUAACUUUAAAGUAUUUCAAGCGCCUGCUGUUUCUGAUUCCGAUUCAGUUUCUUUGCCAUUUCCAUCGCAACAGGUGUGUUAUUAGUCGAAAUGGCCGACUGGUUUACGAGAUAAUUUAUAUAUAUAUAUAUAUAUUACUUUUUUAGCAAUUUUUUUUUCUCUUUAUUCUAUAGUGUAUGAUUAAGUUUGUGCUUACUCAUAUGCAGAUUUAAGUGUUUUAAUUUGUGGUUUCGACUUGGUUUUGCUUGAAUUGAACUGGGUUAGUCUUGAAUUUGAGCUUUAUAGGCUUGUCAAGUGGUAAAUUUUGUUGUGUGCUAUAGUCUAAACCAGCGAUUUUGACUGGAAUUAUUGAAAAAAAAUGGGUGAUUGUGAAGAAGGUAAUGGUGGUAACACUGAUAUGAUGCAAAGAAUUCAAUCUUCUUUUGGUACUUCAUCUUCUUCAAUUCCUAAACAUCAAACUUUGUUGUCGAAGAAUCAGCUUGAUAUAGCUCAAUUGAACCCGAAUCAAAUGCGUGCUCGUCACUUUUCUCAUUUUGCUGCUAAUAUUAGUGGUGAUAAUAGCAAAAGGGUUGGUAUACCACCUUCUCAUCCAAACCAAAUCCCACCACUUUCACCAUAUUCUUCGAUCCCGGUGUCUAGGCCUUUGAAUCAGCAAAUGGGUGUACAGAAUUUUAGCCCGGGACCUGCUCAUUCCCGAUCUUUAUCCCAACCAUCAUCCUUCUUUUCACUUGAUUCUCUGCCCCCAUUGAGCCCAUCUCCUUUUAGAGACUCACCAUCAACGUCAAUUUCAGACCAAGUGUCCACUGAUGUGUCAAUGGAAGAUAGGGAUGCCAGUUCACAUAUGAUAUUGCCACCUUCCCCUUUUACCCGUGGCAAUGCUUCAAGGGUUGGUGAAAGUUUGCCUCCACGCAAUAAGCAUAGAAGAUCUAAUAGUGAUAUACCAUUCGGGUUUUCGUCAGCGAUGCAAUCUUCACCAAUGCUAAUUUCACCCAGGGUUGCUGGUGGUCUUGAGAAGGCGAUGUCUGGUAGAGAGAAUGUGGUGGUAACUAAGCCAGCACCCGUGGUUAAGAGGGAAUCAAGCUUAGGGAGAGGUGGAGAUAGCAAUGCUGAAGGAAUGGGUGAGAGAAAAUCUGAAGGGGAAGUUGUGGAUGAUUUGUUUUCUGCAUAUAUGAAUUUGGACAACAUCGAUGCAUUUAAUUCUUCAGAGACAGAUGACAAGAAUGGUAAUGAAAAUCGUGAGGAUUUGGACAGUAGAGCAAGUGGGACAAAGACGAAUGGGGGCGAUAGUAGUGACAAUGAAGCAGAAAGCAGUGUUAAUGAAAGUGGGAACAGCUUGCAAAGAGGAGGAAUGAAUUUUGAUAAGAGGGAAGGGAUUAAAAGGAGUGCAGGGGGAGACAUUGCUCCUACAACUAGACAUUAUAGAAGUGUUUCCAUGGAUAGCUUCAUGGGGAAGUUGAACUUUGGUGAUGAGUCACCUAAACUGCCACCUUCACCAGGAACUCGGCCAGGACAUGUGUCACCCAGCAAUUCAAUUGAUGCCAAUUCACCUGCCUUUAGCUUGGAGUUUGGGAAUGGCGAGUUUAGUGGGCCAGAACUGAAGAAGAUUAUGGCUAAUGAAAAACUUGCUGAGAUUGCAUUAACAGAUCCAAAGCGAGCAAAAAGGAUUUUGGCAAAUCGCCAAUCAGCUGCUCGUUCCAAAGAGCGGAAGAUGCGUUAUAUUUCUGAAUUGGAACACAAGGUUCAGACUUUGCAGACAGAAGCUACUACAUUAUCUGCUCAGUUGACACUUUUACAGAGAGAUUCUGUUGGGCUCACAAAUCAGAAUAACGAAUUGAAGUUUCGUCUUCAAGCAAUGGAGCAACAAGCACAACUUAGAGAUGGUAUUUUUCAAAUCUUUUGUAUGAUAUCCUUAGCUCUGAAUGAAGCCUUAACUGCGGAGGUUCGACGGCUGAAACUUGCUACUCAAGAUCUUCCUGGGGAUUCUAAUCCUUCCAAGGGCAUGGUCUCACAGCAGCUUCCCAUGAACUCCCAGAUGUUCCAGCUACACCCGCAGCAGUCUUCUCAACCCAACAUUCCUCAGUUGCAACAACAGCAUCAGCUACCUCAUUCCCAAGGCAACUAUCAUCAGUUGCAAUCACAGCAGCCGCAAGCACAACAGCAGAAUGGGAGCACAGCCGCAAAACCUGAAACAAAUCAGUAGGUUGCGUGAAGCUUGGGAAGGGCACCAAUCCCUUAGGAGUCUUUUGGCACAUGAAUAUUUAAUUGUAGUUUCUGCAGUGCAUCCUAUCAUUAGUUUUGUCAUCUCUACACCAAAAGUCUGUGUGUGUGGUGAUUACAAGUUCAACCUCUGGAUCUCAUAUCCAUCUUAGAUUGUGGUAUGAAGUCAUAUACAAGCAAUAUUAUUUAUAUUAUUCAUAUUUAUAGUGUUUAUUUAUUUAUGUUAGGUACGUAAACAUUAUUUUGAGCAUGGUUUGUUCUGUCAUGACAUUAGAAGAGUUGAACUUCACUCUUCUGUCUUUGUAUUGUCAAGUAAAGAAUGGUAAUUUUCUUGAAUUGUAUGCAGUUUGAUUUUAUUUUUUAA